GUCUGUCCGGUUAGAUUUUCUCAUCAGCCGACGUUUAAAGCCAAUUAACUAGUAACGGAUAACUGUUUACUACGUAUUCAUGUUUGAUAUAAAUGUUUAUAGUGAAUUGAGACGAGAUUAUAGGUAUCUGUAACUGUGCGCGGCGUUAAAUCGAUUCUAGUGACUGUGGUUGCACCCGGUAGGAGUGCGUGUUGUGUUGCAGUCUUUUGGACGCAUUUUUUUGCUUUUCUCAAGCGCUGGUACUUUCGUUUUCGCUAGAUGACACCUAGGUAAGGCGCUCGCUGUGCUUCUGGAGAAUCGAUGGGAAUUUAAAAGGCAUGUCCAACGGGGUGCUGCCACAAUGGAAGCGCGAGCUUCUCCAGCGGCGCGCGGCGCGCUCCCGGCCCUCGCCGCCGUCCGCCCCCGCACCCCCGCCCGCGCCCCCACCGGAAGAAGACGAGGAGCUCCGCUACGGGCCUGGCAUCGUCAAGCGACUCAAAUCACGAUACCUGUCGCUUGCGCUCAGAGACGCCCCGAGGCGUAGACCAUCAGUGCUUAGACGAGCUGCCUCCCUCGAGCAUUUGUUAGAUGAACGUCCCCCGCCCGCGCCCCGCCCACAGCGACAGCGCCCUGUGUCGCUAGCACCCGCUUGCCCUGCCGCGAUACCGCCGCGUCGCGAUUCCGUUAAACGCGCCCGCUCAGUUGACGCUCUGAGCCGCUUGGAGCGCGAGGAACCGCCUCCGUCCCCGCCUCCGCCGCCGCCGCCGCCUAUCGCUCCGCGUCCGCCGGCUGUACGGAAUGCGCGCCCGCCGCGCCGCCCCGCUCCUUUACUACGCGAAACCGAACGCCCUCCGCCCGAUGUCGUCAAGUCUACGCUCAGGAAGUUCGAAUCCGCUCCGACUCGGCGAACGGCCCCCGCGGCGCGGGUUUCAGCCGUUUUGCGGGGCUUCACUAGCUCUACUCCAGAGCCUAAAGACCGCUCGCCUAGCCCGAUCAAUGACUUGUCCAUGAUAGAGGACCCAGAGAGCCCACAAGCGACUAAAACGGUCUCUAAAGCUGCUUUAGACGGGAUAGCACAAGCCGGUUCAACAGUGAGGUAUUCUUUUGAGGCUCCUAAGCGCGGAUCUCAUUUACCCCUAGUGUCCGCUUCAAAUCCAGUGCUACUUGGUCGAGCGAGGCUGUCGCCUUCUCCUCGCCGUGUUGGCGUCAUCAGACCCAUGCCAGCUCCGACGCUCGAGCGCUCCGUCUCCACUCCCGCCCCUCUGCCAGAAGACAUAGACAAAAUAGAAGUUCCCCGAAUCGUAACUCCUCCACCUUCACCCAUAGCCGAGCCAGAAACGACUAAAGAGAAGAAAGAAACGCCCUCGGCGUUAGUCGAGCCUAUACCUCGCUCUCCGCCCGAAGAAAUAAAAGAGGUCAUAAGAAGCCUUACGCCGCCCCGCGAGGUUACCCCGGAACCUAAAAUCGAAGCGAUCGAGAUAAAAACACCUGAGCUCAAAACUCCCGAGCUAAACGGUCACGUGGAAAGGAAACCUCUUAAGACGUGGAAGAGUUUGGACGUGGAAAAAAAGGAGCCAAAGGAGAACGGAGACGUGAAGUCCUGGAUAAGGGGGGGUAGUCCAGCGGCCGCGAGGAGGGGGCGAGUGCCGGCGCCCGCCGCCACGUCGGUGGUCUUCAACUUUUCUGGGCGGAAAGAGGUGCCGGAUUACAUUGAGAACGAUGGCAUCAUUCUUCGGAAUAAGCGGGACAAGAUUAAGGCCUCCGACCCAGGCGUGGUGGUGCUCCGCCCCGAAGCCCUGACCCGCGACUCGGACUCGGACGAGACCGACGACUGCGGCCCGCCGUCGCCGCUCGCAGUGCGCUUCAUCAAUGACAACGUGUUGAUCAACGGCCGCUCCUCCAUGCCCGGCAAGGUCGACCGCAGCCGCACCGCCCGGCUCAAAAUCCAAUUCGAUGAUUCGCUGACUCGCACGUUCGAGUACCCUUCGGAGACCUCCAUGUGCGAGGACUCGCCGCAGCCUCCCGCCCACCAGGUCGCCCUGGGCUCCAACACUCAUAUAGCGUCCGCGUCCCUGUCCCGCUACACGCCGCACAAGACGCUGGCGGACGCGUUCCAGCUCGGCGUCACGAGGCAUGAGCGGGACCAAGACCAUACAGUGAGCACAGAAGCCCGUACGGAGCCCACAGAGUCGGAGGACGCGCGGCCGUGCGCCGUGGACUGCGCGCGCACUUGGAGCGAGUCGCGCACACACGCCACCGACCUGCUAUUCUAGUGAAAUCGCAGACUCAAGCCAGCAAAGAAGGGGUAAAAAAAAUACAAUGAACAUUCCUAUAAUUCGUAAUUGACAAGCAUAUUGUGGAUAAUUUUGAUACGAUUUUGACGCAAGUCUGAACAUAUGUACUUAAUGUUUAACUUUUAUAUGUACUUACAUUUAUAUCCAUUGUAUGAGCUGACGUGGCAAGCAAUUAUUGGCCUUAUUGUAUGUGUGUUAUGAUAUAUAAUCG